AGUAGUCUCACUUCUAUCGACGCUGACUUAAUUUCAGAUGGCAACACAGCAAGAGAUUUGUAAAGAGACGGAGAUGUCUGAAAAAACCGCCAUGGAUGAGGCUAAUGCAGUCAAGAUGUCAAGGAGUUAUAGAAUUCAAGUUUCUAACACCAAGAAGCCCUUCAUCUUCUACCUCAAUCUCGCCAAGAGAUCCAUCAGCCGUUACAACAGCGUGGAGCUUACAGCUUUGGGAAUGGCCAUACCAACAGUUGUUGUAAUUUCAGAGAUUCUGAAAGGAAACGGACUGGCAACUCAGAAAUUGAUCUCCUUAUCUACCAUCAAAACGACCGAUAAAUCCACUGGCAGAUUGAUUCAGAAGGCCAAGAUUGAAAUUGUAAUGGCAACAACUGAGCAAUCUGAUAAUGCAAUGACAUUGAAGAAUAAGAGUGCUAAGCCUAAGGCUGAAGUUGAGUCAGGGAAAACAAAGAAGAAGACCAAAGGAAAAUUAGCAGCUGCUCCGGAGAUCACUGCUUGUAAAUUGCAGGAUGAAACUGUUAAUAGCAAGGACGAUGUGAAGAAUGCAGAUACGUAAAAGACUGAUUGGACCUGAGAAAUCUGAAGAGAAUGUUGAUAUGCAGAAGUGAAGGUAUUAAGUGUUGUUGUAUAUGCUGGCU